UAAUUCAUAGUGCGGGGUUCCUUGCUCUAGACUAAUUCGUGUUGCGUUUUGUCAUCUUUGUUGUCGCUCCAGCUUAAUUAAUUCCCCACAUUCCGACAAAAAAAUUAAAAUUGAAACCUUGUCCUUGCUAUCUACGGCAUACUCAUUGAUUUGUAAUGUUGCUAACAAGUUCGAUUAGGAAGACAUAGAGCUGAGGAAAUUUAUAGAAAACAGGUAUUUAGUACGUCACCAUCAUGUUCCGGUUAUCUAAGGCAACUAGCUUGCGGCUGUGGAAAUUACAGAAGGAAACCAGCACUGUUUGCCUGACACCACAAGCAAGGACAUUCACAGUCAGUCGUCCACAUGCCAAGGCACCGCCGUCAAUGCCGGCCAUUGCUGCCAUGCCUGAUACAGACUUCAAACCGGCAGAAUACAAGGGCAUGUCUUACGAGAAAGCCAGAGAGGUUCGGACUUCCCUCAUCAACCCAGCGAUCCUCGAGUACUACAAGAAGCCGGUCAUGUUCCACCAGGGCUACAUGCAGUGGCUGUUUGACCAGGACGGCAAACGUUACCUGGAUCUCUUCUCCGGCAUUGUGACGGUCAGUGUUGGCCACUGCCACCCUAAAGUGAACAAGGCCUUGCAUGAGCAGAUUGACAAGAUUUGGCACACCACCAACAUCUACAUGAUCCCAGCCGUCUACGAGUAUGCCGAGAAACUGGUCUCCAAAAUGCCGGGCAACCUCAAGAACGUCUAUUUUGUUAACAGCGGGACGGAAGCCAAUGAUCUAGCAGUGAAUAUGGCGCGUCUGUACACCGGUGCCUACGACAUAGUCAGCCUUAGGAAUGCCUACCAUGGUAUCAGUCCCAACUUGCUUGGUCUGACUAGCGUAGGGAGUUGGCUGUAUGAGCUCCCAGGAGGCUACGGUUAUCACAACGCCAUCAACCCAGAUCCAUUCAGGGGUCCCUGGGGCGGUAAGAACUGCCGGGAUUCACCAGUGCAGACCAUUCGAAACUGUGAUUGCGCCGCUGGACAGUGCCAUGCAAAGGACAUGUACAUUGACCAGUUGAAGGAUCUGUUUCGCCACUCGACACCAAAAAAGAUCGCUGGCAUGUUUGCUGAAAGUAUCCAGGGAGUUGGUGGUACGGUCCAGUUCCCAAAGGGUUACUUGAAGGAAGCCUUUGAACUGGUCCGGGAAAAGGGGGGAAUCUGCAUAGCAGAUGAGGUGCAGACGGGCUUCGGUCGGACCGGGGAGCACUACUGGGGUUUUGAAGCGCAUGACGUCAUGCCUGACAUUGUUACUCUGGCUAAGGGCAUUGGUAACGGGUUCCCUCUUGCGGCUGUAGUCACCACUCCAGAAAUCGCCAAGUCACUAACCAGAGCGCUGCACAUCAGUACGUUUGGAGGGAGCCCUCUAGCAGGAGCCGUUGGAAAGGCUGUUUUGGAGGUGAUUGAGGAGGAGAACACACAAGCCACUUGCCUUGAUGUCGGCACCUACACGUUGCUGGAGUUGGCCAAGCUGAGAGACGAGUUUGAGAUCGUUGGCGACGUCCGAGGCAAGGGGCUGAUGAUCGGGGUUGAGAUGGUUACCGACAAGGAAUCCAGGACGCCUCUUCCAGCCGACAAGAUGGGAGCGAUAUGGGAAGACAUGAAGGAAAUGGGCGUCCUAAUGGGCAAAGGAGGAGUCCACGCAAAUGUGUUCCGCAUCAAGCCCGCCAUGAUCGUGACCAAGGAAGACAUGGACUUUGGUGUGUCCAUCCUCAGGCAGGCCCUUCAGAACCACGUGGAGAGGACUUCUUGAAGAGGAAUCCUUGACAAGUUGGGCAUAGAUCGUCCUUGCUUGAACAUCGUUCAGGACGAUGGUAGCAGUAUCCAGUCUGGGGGAUUUCAGCACUGGGACCCGACCAAAAUCGUGUAAUGCAGAAUAUGGCGUGCAUUUGAGAAUUUCUCUGGUCCGAGUGAUGAAAUUCCAAAAAAGAGUUGAUUUGGUUCAUCUUACGGACAACACCCUCUAGUGCUGUAGGGCUUGCUCUUGCC